CAAGAAGACUUUAACAGACAGGAGAAGCAGGAAGUUGAUACAGAGCUGUGCAGGCUGAGAGAGGCUCUGAGAGAGGCUGAGACGAGGGCAAAAACACAAGAAGAAGAGCGAAAUCAGGCACUCCAGCAACUCCAGACUUCAGAUGAGACACAGAGGACGCUGUUGAGUCAAAUAGAGGAGAUGAACCAGAGGCUCAGCCACACUGUAUCAAAUCACACUGAAGCGCAAGAGCAGCUGAGUGAAGCUAACAACAAAAUCAGCCAAGCAUGCCUGGAAAAAGCCAUCCUGUCAACUCAAGUGUUAAAGCUGGAGGAUAAUGUGAAGGAACUGAAGGCCAAACUGACAGGGGCUCUGUCUGACAAAGAUCAGCUGAUCCAGGAGAAGGUAGAUCUGCACCAGAGGACACAGGUCCUGGAGCUGCAUCUGGAGAGAACACAACCAGGUUCAAAGGAUCAGGAAACUGUUCUGAUGAAGGAAGAAUCAAAGGCCCUCAGAGAGGUCAAUGAAAAGCUGACAUGUGAGCUUGAAAUGAUCAAGCAGAAGGUAGAGAUCUCACAGUCUCAGCUACAGGAGCUAACAGCAGAGCAGGUCGUCAACAUCAAACAGAUCAGAGAUCUGGAGGCCGAACGCUCUGAUCUGAUCACACAAAAAGAGGAACUGCUGAGCAAAACUGAUGAAGGUGGUCAUGAGAUGAAGGAAAAGUGCUGCCAGCUAAGGGAAUCUGUGGAAGUUUUGGAACUAGAAAAACAGACACUGAAGGAUCAGUGUCAGUGUCUGGAGGCUGAGCUGCUUGACAAUGAGGAGAAGCUACACCUGCUGGAGGAAGAGUAUCGCAAACAAGAUGCAGUGAGAGUCCAACACAUUGAGGAACUCAAAGCUGUGGCCUCACACUGGACUGAGAAAUGGCAAAAGGUGGCUUUGACCCUGCAGUCUACACAAGAGGAGCUCGAGGAACUCAAGAAGAGCAACUCCAGAAAUGAAGGGCAAUGUGACUCCCUGCUCAGGGUUGAGCUUGACGCAUGUAAACAGGAGCUGGAGCUGGAAAGGAGCAGAAGUCAGGCGCUGCUUCAGAGAUACAAGGCUGCAGGUGGUGCAGCUGUGCGGACUAAGGGCAAAGAGACAGUGACAGACUUAUCAGAAUCCUCUUUGUUAUGGGAACCGACAUCAGACUCCCACAGCAGCCAAAAGAAAUCCCCUCAGGUUUGUAUACAAAGCAGUGAGGUUCAAAUGCUGAAGGAAAAACUGACAGAAAGAGAGAAGGAACUGAGGGAAAAGGAAGACGCUUUGAUGAGUUUAGAAAGGCUAAGAGAGACGGAAAAAACUGAAGCUCAAAUCCAGGUUUCUGCUCUGGAGCUCAAGCUCAGGAAAAAGGCCUCUGAAGUUAGUCAAGAAAGUGAGGGCCACACAAAUGUCUCAACUACUGACUCACUAAGGACCCAGCUAGAAGAGAGCAGGAAGAAGGCGAGCCAGCUGCAGCAGGAGAAGAUGCUAGCAGUCCAGAAGCUUCAAACGCGAAAGCAGCUGUACUCGGUUAAAGAUGAGAAACCACCUGUUGAAGGCAGGAAGGAUAAGACUGUCUGUCCGGUUAAUCUAGAGACAGACCAGCAGAGGAGAAUGGUCACUGAGCAGUUGAAGAGUUUGUUCAAAGAGCGAGAAGGAAAGGAGGUGGGAAAGGUUGACAACACACCAGCAGCUGCUCAAACUAGAACCUCCUCACCUCAAGACGGGAAUCCCACAUCUAAAGCUACUGCAGUGGACAGAUGGGGCUGGCAGCAGAGCUCGGGUCUGAUGCCAGUGUUUGAGGAGGACGAGGAAGGCAGUGACCAGGAAACCUGGCCUGGAGAGGAGGAGGAGGAGGAGGAGGAGGAAGAGCCAGCAGGAGAGGCUCAUAUUGAGGAAACCUCCACAAUCAGGGACACCAGGUUAGGAGUGCUUAAAUUACAGAAAGUAGAGGUGUUACCAGGUUGA